AUGAGCAAGAUUGUGCCCGCAUUGACAGACGUGUUCCAGAAGGCGCUAUCGGGGGGAGUCAGCAACCUGUCCUUCAGCACGCUGUCAGGUGAUCUGGGCCGCACCAUGUACCGCUUCAGCUUCCGCAUCCCGCCCUACUACACUCUGCUGGUGCGGUCCCUCAGCGUGCUGGAGGGCAUUGCCCUGGCAUCCGACCCCAAUUACAAGGUGCUGGGCGCCGCCUACCCCUGGAUCAGCCGCCGCCUGCUGACGAGGCCCUCGCCGGAGCUGCGCGCCACUCUCAAGCGGCUGCUCUACAAGGGUGGUGGUUUCAGGUUUGACCGCCUCGAGCAGCUGCUGCAGCAGGCCGCCCGCGCCCGCACCUCGCCCUCAAGACCGCCGCCGCGCAGCGGCGGCGGGGGCGGCGCGGAGGGGCAGGCGGAGGGGAAGGGCAGCGGCGGGCCCUUGGCGUUGCUGCUCAGCCGUGACGGCAGCUAUGUGCGAGAGAUCUUGGAAGACGAGGUGGCGAAGGGGGUCGACGCCGCGUGGCGCCUAGCGGGUGAUGCACUCGUGUCAAGCGCCUCCACCCGCUUCGCCGCGUUCGCGGCCGCCGGCCCCGCCGCGCUGCUCCUACCCGGCGGGCUCGCCGAGCGCGGCGGCGGCGGUGGCGGCGGCGGCAGGAACGGCAACGGCGGCGGGGCCGCGCCGGCGCUGGUGCAGGUGAUUCGCGGGGCUGAGCGGGACCUGCUCCUGCUGCCGCGCCUGUCAGAGGAAUCAGACGCGGAGCAGAUCCGCGGCCUCACCCGCCUCGCCACCACGAUGGCGGAGAUCUCAUCAUCCGCCACCGCCGCCUCUUCCACGACCCCCGCGGCGGCCGCCGCCGCCGCAGCAGCGGCCAACUCGACCGCCGCGGCGGUUUCGGCGCUUGGGAUCGACGACGCCGCCACCCCCGGUCUCGCCGGCGGUGCCGCCGCCGGCCCCGGCGGGCCGGCGGCGGCGCUGGUCGCGGCGGCAGGCGAGGCGGUGGGCGUGCUGACCUGGCUCGUCACCGAGCUGCAGCGCCUGCCGCCUGAUGCGCAACGCGAGGCCAUUGUGCUGCCCGUCGCGAUCAUGCAGAAGGCGGGCAGCCGCGCCACCGCGCGAGCGAUCAAGUGGGCGCUGUCAGGCGCGGCGCCGUGGCCAUUCAAUGCGCUCGCGGGCGGCCGCGGCGCGGCAGCGCUGCCGUGGCUGUUUGGCGGGCCGGCGGAGGAUCGCGGGUUGGGGGCCGGCGGCGGCGCGGGCGGUGACGGGACGAGCGUUGCGGUGACGCCGCCGCCGCCCCUGGCUGGUCUCGCGCCGUCGCCGGCGCGGACGCCUCUGUCCGCCGGCGGCAAGGGCGGGGAGCCGAUCACGUUCCGCGUGCUUGAAGACACCCGCCCCGCGGCGCAGCGGGGCACCGGCGGCGAUGGUGGUGGUAGCACCAGCAGCAGCGAGCGCGGCAGCGGCGGCGGUGGCAGCGGCGAUGGGCCUGCGACGGGCAGCAGCGGCAGAACUGAGGCGCCGGCCACAGGCGCCAGCGCAAGGCCAAGCGGUAGCUUCCCCUCCAAUGGCAACGGCCGCAACGGCAGGAGCGGCAGCAUGCGCACCCUCCAGGCGCCGCCGCAAUCGGCCGCCGGCCCGAGGGCACCCGCCAAGGCGGAAGCAGCUGCAGGCGCAUCGACAGCAGCACCGCUGCCUGCCGCGCCCGCGGGCGCGGCCGCGCCGCGGCCGACCCCUCUAGUGCCCCUCGAGCCCCCUGUCGAGGUGGUAAUUGCUGACGUCAUCUUGGUCGAGAAUGACGUCAGCAGGACGGGGCGCGAUGUCAGCACGGCCGACGCUGAUGUCAUCGUGGCGGAUGGCGGCAGCGGCAGCAGCAGCGCUGGCCCGCGGCACGCGGCGCCCGGGGCUGGUCAGGCACGAGGGGCUGGCGGGGGCGCGGCGCGUGUGGCGGAGGGCUGGGCUGGAGGCGCAGCGGUCAACCGGAGCAGCAGCGGCGACGGCGGCAGCGCGGCAGACAACGGGGCGCUGGUUGGCGCGAGGCGCAACAGCUCUGUGCAGCAAUAG